AUGCUUUUAAGAAAAUUUGUGGAAACACAUACAAUGCGAUUUAGAAGUGCAGUCAUUAGAGCUAUAGCUCACCGUAAAAAACUAUGUACAUCUACAGCACAAAAAAUUGAAGAUUUAGCUAAAGAUUUGAAAAAUGGGCCAUUUCACAAAGUGUUUGAAAGUGGCAUGUUAAUGGAAAUUAAUAAUGCGGCCAAUCGAUUAGCUUUUAAUUCUAAAAGCUUAAUCAUGGAUGAUGACAACAAUAUCUGUGAACAAUUUAAUAGUGUGGUAAAUAAAUACAUCGGUGGCAAAAGGAAAAAUUUAUCUCAACGUAACGCCUAUAAUACUCGAGUAGAAGCAGCAGUAAUUUCUUUUAACUCAAACCAGUAUUUACGUGCUGUAACUAAAAAAGUUAUACAUAAAAGUCCAGGAAAAUUUGGGAAAUCAAAAAGAAAAUCUAAAUUUAUUAGACCGGAUGAACAUUAUGGUUUAGCAGAUUUGCUACAAGAUGAUAUAACUACGGAAGAACUUGAUGUAAAAAAAAUAAAACAGUUUAUUGAUAAAUUAAUGAAAACUGAUAGAGAAAUGUUGGAGAAAGUAACAAGAUCUCAGGUAAAAUCUCAAGUUUGGUAUACUGAAAGGGAACAUCGUCUAACGACUAACAGACUCAAAGUUUGGGAAAAUAUCGGAAUAGAAGUUGAAAAAAAAUUUGGAUUUAAUAUCGACCCAGCUGGUCUGUUAGUGGAUGAUAAAAUAUCUUAUUUGGCUGCAAGUCCAGAUGGACUUAUAGUUCAAAAUUUUGUUAUUGAAAUAAAAUGUCCUUUUUCCGCUCGUGAAUAUUUUGAUAUAUUUGAAGCAAUCCGAGAAGGAAAAAUUACUUAUUGUACAGUUGACGAAAAUAAUAAAGUAAAACUAAAAAAUAAUAGUGAUUAUUUUUAUCAAAUCCAGGGACAGUUACACAUCACAAAAGGAUCAACGUGUUAUUGUUGUAUGUACACUGAAAAUUGGAAUUAUAUGAUUGAAAUUCGAUAUGAAAAUCAAUUUUGGGACAAUAAUAUGGUAGACCAUUUAUGCACAUUUUAUACCAAGUGUUUGCUACCUGAAAUAGUGAACCCCAAAUUCGGUAAAGAUUUUUAA